AUGACUUCUGAAUUUGAAUUUGUCGAGACGAAACCACCUUUAUCUGCCAUGGGACAUGUAGUAGAGUCAAUUGGGAUCGACUCUGAAAGCCAGGGCAAAUGCCGGGUAUGUUCCGGUAAAAUCACCGACAGGUAUAUGAUCAGAAUUGACUCCAAAGUCUGCCACGAGAAUUGUGCUCGUUGCUGUGCCUGCGAUGUUCAGUUGCAGGAUAAAUGCUACGAGAAGGACGGUCAGUUAUACUGCAGCAAUCACUAUUUCAAAGAGUGUAGCCCUUACCGAUGUUCGGGUUGCAAACUCGGCAUUUCUCCCACGGAUAUGGUUUACAAGUUGAAGACAGGAAUGGUCUUCCAUGUAGACUGCCAUUCAUGCAUUCGAUGUGGACGUCGACUGUCCCCCGGUGAACAAAUUUUGGUGGAUGAGAUUGCUCAAACUGUGGCAUGCAUGCAGCAUUUCUAUGACGGUAAGUGA